ACCGUAUUGUAGGGAGACCAAAUGACAAUAUUAUAGGUAGCGUCAAUGUAGGAUAUUUCUGGAAGUACACAUUCAAUGAGUUUAUGAGGAAAACUAUAGAAGUACCGAUACACGAUAAUCUAUCGCAACUUGGCUACGCGGUAACAUCAGGAUAUUAUUUCAAUCGGAAUGAAUUGCACGCCCUUUUCGCCUGUGCGGAUCCAGGAUGGAAACACGUAGGGCAGGUCGCUAUAAUCGAUUGGUACGGAGAUUUUAUCGUCAAUCUUUGUGGCAGUGAGAUCGGCGAAUUCUUCGGGGCCAGCUUGGCCAGCGGUGAUUUAAACAACGACGGUCUGGACGACCUUGUGGUCGGAGCUCCGCACUGGGGGAAUGAUAACGGCAGAGUCCACGUGUAUCUCGGCAGCCCGAAA